AUGCACAGUAAAAAACGAGUAGGGCUAUAUUCUCAACAUCAAAAAGAAAGAUAUUAUCCUGGAAAGCCAUUACGUAGGUUAAAAAGAGUAGAAACUACCAGGUGGUCAUCCCAUGCUGCUGCUCUUCAUACAGUUUUUGAGACUUACGAUUCAUUAAUUGACACAUUGGACGAAUUACAAAAUGAUGUUGAUCGUAUUACUAGUGUUAAGGCUGGAAGUUUAUUGAAUUAUUUAUUGUCAGAAUCAUUUGUAUUAACUGGUUUAAAAUUCAAACAAAUAUUUGAGCUAACUAAUCCUUUAAGUGUAUUUUUACAAGGCGUACAAAUUGAUUUAUUGGCUGCUACUGAGUAUAUACAAUGUGUAUUUGAAAAAAUUCAAGCUUUCAGAGAUGACAAUCAGUUUCAAAGUUUAAUCGAAGAUAAAAAUCAGUUUGUAUCAUCUAAAAGUGACGAAUUAUCUUUCACGCCACUAGUAGCAAAUAGAAAAAGAGCUAAAAAGAAAAUGCCAGGUGAAAUUAUGUCUGAUGAACCUAUCAGCUGUCCAAUAACAAGUUAUAAAGUUAACACAUACUUUAAUAUCAUUGAUAUUGUGUGUACUCAAAUUAGAGAAAGAUUUAAUGAUCAGUCAACACCACUAUAUAAAGAUUUAUCACUUUUUCAAGUAAAGAGAAUAAUAGAAGUUAAAGAAAACUCCAAUUUACCAACUGAUGCAUUUGAAGGUUUUGAAAAAAUUUAUGGACAAUUUUUAAAGGCUGAGGAUUUGAGACGUGAAUACAAACAGUUUGUAAAUUCAUAUUUAAUGUUUGAAAAACUUAUAAAAUUACCAGUGAAGAUACAUAAGCCAACACCAUGUGAUGAUAAUAGCAAUGAUGACACCGAAGAAGAAAACACAGAAAAUCAAAUUAUGUCUACAACCUGUGGAACAAUAAACACAGUAUACAAGGUAUGUCAACAAAAUGGACUGAAAGAAGUGUUUCCAGCAAUUUAUACAGCUCUAAGCGUUGGACUAACGUUACCUGUUUCAAGCUCAUCUCCAGAACGAGCCUUCUCAAAAUUAAAACUUAUUAAAAGUAAAUUAAGAAGUACAAUGUCAGAAGAACGAUUAGAUUCUCUGAUGUUAAUAUCAUGUGAGAAUGAUAUUGACAUUGACUCUGACUCAGUUAUCAAUAUUCUUAUAUCAUAUAGUACAGUUUACUGGUCAUCAAACCCAUUCCCAUUCAUGGAACUUACUUCUCAUGAAGAAAAGACAAACUUCUUUGAAACUAGACUAAGCGAACUACACCAAUUACUUUCAGUUGCACUCUGA